CUCAGCUGUGUUGUGUUGUGUAACCUCACGAUUGAAUUCGGUCCGGAAUGGAAUGCGCUCGUAAAUUUUUACGUGUUUUGCCAAAAAAUCCGCAAUUAUUUAAACGCAGCUUAGCCAUGAGCUCUUCGAGUCGUGCAAAGGAGGCAAUAGAACAAUUGAAAGAGACUAAUCCCUACUACAACAAGUAUGCUGAUAAGAUUGCCAAAGCACAACUUACUUCAGCCGAGGAGUUCUUGGAUCGGAUUGAGCGCGUCGUUAAUCCCAUUAAGGAUGGACAAAGUCAAGCCAGAUCCUACUCGGAGCUAUUGAAUCCCAAGCAGAAGCUCGCUAAGGAGCAGGCUGAAGUGCCCCACAAGAAGCUAACCGACAUCAUGAAAAUGGAGCUGAUCGCUGAUAAGAACGCUGAAGAGAUAUCGCAAAUCUGGAUCGAAUACCACAAAACCAAGGAUGUGCUGGCUGCCACAUUGACUACCAGUCAGUACCAGACAUUGACUGAACGAGCCAAGGAGCAUCCCAUCUUUCUGCUGCCACUGCCGCGUAGUGAGGGCUUCGAGUUCAUCAUGUUGCAGUUCGCAGCCAAUUCUGUGCACUUUACGCCCCUUCUGGCCUACCAAGUGCAUCAAGAGAAUGCACCCGAGUGCCUCACUUUGGUGCAUUAUACCGAAAUGCAGGACAAGGGCAUUAUACUAAUGCGUGGCGAGUACGACACGAAGGUGCUGACCGCACAGGAGGCUCAGUGCUUGGCAAAUGAGCUGCAAAUGUUUUACUACAAGACAGACGAGAACAAGCUGAAACUGCUGCAGACAUUCACCAAGCGUCCGGAUGAGUUCAAGCACAUGGAUCUCAUAAAGGAAGUUGAAAACAUUCAAUUGAGCUAAACAAUUCAUAAUAAAAUUAAUAACAAAUCGUAAAAUGGAAACAUCAUAAGAAAAUGGCUAAGACUCCAAUUUGUGCCUGCUUUGGGCUGUCAUUUCAUUCAUUAA